CGGUUUACAGGGGAGUUCCCACAAAGGUUUCUAUAAAAACCCUGCCCAGACUCCACGAACAACACCCAGCUCUUCCCUUCUCCAGCGCUCCGUUUACCUGUGCAGUGACUCAAUCUCCAGCAUGACCCAGCUUGAACUAGCAGCAAAGGCCGUGGCCGAGGUGUUCAACAGGUACGCCGGUCAGGAUGCCCAGAAAGAUGUGCUCAGCACAGAGGAAUUCAAAGCACUGCUACAGGCUGAGAUUCCCAAGCUGAAAAACGUUAAUUUAGUUCAAGCGAAUGCAAUGAUGAAGCACAUCGAUAACAACAAGAGUAAAAGCAUCGACCUGAAGGAGUUUGGCACCCUGGUCGGGAUCCUGGCUAAGGGAUACAAAAAAUGUUGACUCUGCCAAUCCUGAGCCAUGACUGCAGAUCAAGGAGGGCAUGAGGAGAGAGGAGCGUUGAAAGGGUGUUGUUAUGAUGCGAAAUAAAAGUCAAGAAAAAAUA